UUACAAUACUUCUUGCUAUCCCAAUCUUUUUUGUUCUCGGGCUGUGGAGAAGAGGUCUCGCGAUAUGUGCCUUUGAGAUUGAAGUCUCUCGCGGUAUCUCGGAGCUCGGGGAGACGGCGGGGAUCUCGGGGGCGGCGACGCUGGAAUAAGAUGGCGGACGAAGCAGAUAGCAACGGGGACUCUUCAGCCUUACCAGUGGGGAAGGAGGCAGUGGAUCGUCUGAUCAAAGAGAACAGCCACAUCUUCACAGAUGCCCAAUGUAAAGUGUGUAGUGCAGCACUCGUAUCUGAAUCCCAGAAGCUUGCUCAUUAUCAGAGUAAGAAACAUGCAAACAAAGUUCGUCGAUACAUGGCUAUCCACGGUGAAGAGGAGGUCAGCCCAAGCAAGAAAAUGAAGCUGGAUACAAAGCAGGUAAUGCCAGUCAGAUUCGAAAUCCAAGAACAACAAGCUAAAGAAUGUAAUGCACUAGAAAGUUUGGAGGGCAGCAAUGAAGAAGACAGGAACAAAUGCUGUCCCAUCUGUAACAUGACCUUUUUCUCACCUGUUGUGGCUAACUCACACUACCUAGGCAAGACCCAUGCCAAGAACCUGAAGCUCAAGCAGCAGCCCCCUAAAGCAGAAGCUGUACCUGCUCAGAAACAACCAGCUAUCCCUCUUCCCACUACUGUGUCCCCUAAUGAAGAGAAUCAAAACACUUCCGACCCAGACAAAUUCUGCAGUCUCUGCCACGCCACAUUCAAUAAUCCCCUGAUGGCAAAACAGCACUAUGUGGGCAAGAAACACAAAAAACAGGAGACCAAACUUAAGCUGAUGGCACACUAUGGGAGAACCCCUGAGGAACCUGCAGCAUCAACAGAUCAAACCCAGGGGGAAACCCAGAAUCAAAAUCUUAUCCAAGGACCAGGGAACUUACCCGUGGAAGCAGAGCACAAAAAUACUAUUGCUGGGAAGGGAUAUCCCUGUGAAAGCUGUAAUAUAGUACUGAACUCCAUAGAGCAGUACCAAGCUCAUAUCAGCGGCUUCAAACACAAGAACCAAUUUUUCUAUGAAUUUUGUUUUUGUGGGACCGCUCAUCAUGGAAUCGCCACAGAACAUGAAGACUCACAGGUAUACCUGGAGGAAUACCUGUUACAGCACGGUACCAGAAGCAGCUGUACACACGAGAGGAGACAACAGGCCCUGACGGCUACAGUUAUUUUAGCCAAGAUCUCUAGAUCAAGCUCCAGCGCUGUUUUUGGAUUACCAGUGGCCCAAAAGGGAACAUCUUUUAUCAUCCCACUAUGGUCUUUUUGUUCCUCUGGCUAAAUGAAACCCUCCUAUCCUGCAAUGUACAGGUUUAGCUGUUUCAGAACUAUUGGCUAAAGGAUCUAGAAGGGACAGAUUUACUAGUUGGCAUUUGCACAGUCCUUUAGAAUAGUUUUCAUUCUGUAAUCUGUUGCUAUCAUGGCUGAUGGGUGGGGAGGAGAAGGAGUUGUGUCUGGCACAAGCAGGCUUGGUGCCUACCAGUGUUCUGUCUUGAGCCUAUCCUUGCCCUCUGUCCAGGAGAAGCAGAAGGGAAUUCUAUACCCACUACCAGCCAGAGGAGAACGACUUUUGGAAGAAAGCUCAUAAUUCUUGGUUAUGCAGUGCUUAUGAAUUGUGGAAUGGGCAUAAUGGACAGACUGAUCAUAUUCUUGCCUAGAAUGGGAUGUUACAUCGCUGUGUUUGUCUUGCCUGUUCCUCAAUUAAUUGGGUUUGUGUGCUGAGUUUUUUAGGUCACCAAUUUGCCAUUUGCUUCCUUUUUGUAGUUUUGCAGAUGUUGGUUCUGGAACAUCUGUUGAUCUGUUUAAUAAAAAGUUGUUUCCGUUA